GUUGCGUCACAGUUUCGACGGAAUACCUAUCAUACUUUUCUACAGGAGCAGUCGGUCGGUGCGGAAGGGCGUAGGGUUCUUGUUCGUCGAAAGAAUAUAUUUCAAACCGAGUGGGCCAACGUGUCAACAAUUACUGAAUUGCACUUUGAUUGCUGAAAUAAUCGAAUCGUUUUUUUAUUACCGAAAUCGGACACAUCGCUGGCUUUUAAAACAAAGGCUUCAGGUGUUGGGGCCGACAUGUUUGUCAGCGGCUUGGUUUCGGUGUUACUAUUCUUUCAUGCAACAGGUGUAGAGGCCUUCAUGGUUACAACCAAAAAUCCAAACGUGAGGGCUAAAGAGAAUGAGGGGGCUGAUCUUUACUGUACUCCCUCGGCUGACUUUGGUGCAGAUGCCAGAGUUGAGUGGAAGUUUAGGGACAUGAAGGGUUCUACGACCUAUGUCAUUUUCGAUGGGAAACCCACCACACUUUAUGAGGGCCGUGUCACCAAGUUUGAUGGGAUGCUGAGGUUCAGCAAGGUGUUGCGCAAAGAUAACGGGCAGUAUCAAUGUGAGGUGUCUAACAAACAGUAUGUUGGGGAUGUCAACGUGAAUCUCACUGUUUUAGUACCUCCAUCCGUGCCCAUGUGUAGGAUCCCUACCUCUGUGACGACGGGGCAUCGCGUGCUACUGUCCUGUCAUGAUGCAGAGGGGUCUCCUUCCCCCACCUACAAGUGGUAUAAGGACAAGACCCCUCUUCCUGAGAACCCCAGCCAGUUCCCUGCCUUCAAGAACUACACCUACAAGAUCAAUCCUCUCAGUGGCAACCUGGAGUUUCCCUCUGCUUUGGUGAUAGAUACAGGAGACUACAGCUGUGAAGCUAUGAACGAUGCCGGCCCUGUUCAACGCUGUCAAGCUGUGAGGAUGGAAGUCCGCAACAUCAACACUGGAGGUAUUGUUGCUGGGGUGAUCGUGGCUCUCCUGGCCCUGGCCCUGCUGUGCUUCGGACUGUGGUACGCCCACCGCAAAGGAUACAUGCCCAAAAAGAGUGAAAGCAAACCCAAACCCUCAGUGGUCUACCAGCCAACAUCGGAGUCCGGCGAUGAAGAAGAUGGGGAAUUCAGACAGAAGUCGUCUUUCGUGGUAUAGCCAGGGCGUGCAACACAUGUCCCGGAUAUACCCAGGAGUCUACAGCAACUAGUGACUAUGGGUGCGUCCCAAUAACAUCUCCCCUUUCUCCUGAAGUGUGCUGUCGUUCACUCCUUCCUACACAUCUCAAAGCAUUGGGUUGUUGGAGGCAUGGGUUAGUGGGUGUUUCCACCGUAUUUCUUAUACCAGUCAUUUUCUUUCAAAUCAGCGAAGGGAAGUGAACAAGUGCACACUUUGGGCCUAGAAGAGAUAAUUGGGACAAAGCCUAUAUAUGACAAUACCACUGCCCCUUAUACCUGCUCACUGUGGAUAGGUGUGAAUUGGUGUGGUUGGAUUUUUAACAUUUUUAUUCCAUAUGUUUCUAAAAACUACAUACAUUUUUGAAUAUUUCUCUAACUGGCAGUUACCUACAACUCUACUGUUUUGUGGUGACUGUAUAGAUCUGAAAAAAUACUUCCACUUAUACUUCAUAUUUUUCAAGUGCCUCCGUUCUGUGAAAGAAAUCUCGCAUUCAAGGAAAUGUAAAGGGGGAAAAAAACUGGAAAUGAAUUUAUGAAAUCUUAAA